AUGAAUACGCCGAGAAAAGGUUUAACGGAGUUGUUACAAUCUAAAUUUGUACAUGAUCGUCUAGUCUCCCGUCAAGAUGCGUCAAGGCUCGCCAAGCUCAAGGUGUUUCUUGAAAAACAUCAGUACGCUAGCCAAUGGGCCGUUUGCUGUGCAGCGCUAGAAGACGCCGUGCUCCAUAAUGUCAUGCCCUCCGAUUCUAUGAUCUGCGACGCCAUCAUGCGCUGUGGCCGUCGUGGAAAGCUUCAGAAAGCUAAGGAGCUGUACGAUGAUUUUUAUCGCCGCAUCGGCCGACCACGAUCCCUGGCGGCGCAUACAGCCUUCAUGGGGGCAUGCGCCGCUGCUGGUGACUUUGUUGAGGCAAACAAUCGAUUCAAUAGAUUAUAUGAGCGAGACCGUGCUCUGUUUGUAAAGGAUCCCAAACAUUGCCCAGUGGUAACGGAUGACCUCAUUACUGAAUAUCUUAGGGCGGCCCUUGCAGCCUCGCCGGUGACCGCCACUGUUUUCUCCGUUGAGACUUCGCCCUGGAAGGUUGCGAUGGAAAAAUUUAUUGAGGUCCGCCGGGAUCCACAUUUUAGGCCCUACAAUGAACUAACGCCGCUGCUGAUCGAGAGCGCAACGCAACUGGCGGAGGUGGGCGGCCAAUGGGAGCUGUGCCUGCGCAUCCUCAAAAGCGCGGAGCGAGACCAAAUGCUGGUGCCGGCGGAGGCCUACGACGCCGCCAUUCGGGCAUGCUUUCACCACCAUCGCCAUAUUGAGGUGGUGAACCUCAUGCGAGUGUUGGUCGCGACCAGAAUAGCUCCUGAUGAGCGCAGCGUGCGGUUGGCCAUGGUGUCCGCGGAGGAGGUAGCGUCACUUGAGCGUGCGGCCGAUGUCCCGCGCCCGACGAGCUGGGCUCUUGCCGUUUCCCUCUUCGAGGCUAUGCAAUUAAAUGGGAUUCCUUUAUAUCAACAGAGUUAUGAGGCCCCCCUGCGCUCAUGUGCGAUAACUGGAAAGUGGGAAAAGGCUUUCGAAAUCCUACAAACCAUGCGACGGGACGGCAGACCCAUAUCAACGGAGCUCUAUCGUAUGGCAGUGGCCUCUAAAAUUGAAUCUAGUAAACGCUAUGACGAAGUGAAGCACCUUUUAAUGACUCCCGGCGUUGCAGACGGAGCACCAAGUUCGGUUUUGUAUCUCGCCGCUAUGCGUUGCUGCAUGAGGCUUAAGGACUGGAAAAAUUUUGAAAAGCUUAACCAAGAAAUGAAACAGCGUGAUAUGCCUGAGAGCUAUGAUAAGAUUAGGCUUCUUAUCGAGGGGGCGUAUGCACAGGAGAAAUACCACAGCGUUCUUGUGCGUUUUGCGAGACUGGAUAACAUCACAACCUAUGAAUUAAAACGGGUUAAAAAGGACCAGUUUGUUCGGUUGUACGAAGAUGAUUUUGCUGUUUCGGAUAAAAUACUUGAUAUGGUUGUAGAUUCAUAUGAUAAGAUUAAGGGCAAAACCACGGAUCCGAUGGUUGAGCUUGCCUACCGUAGGGCUAUUAAACGGAAGCAGCACAGCAGCGUUGAACAGUUAGGUAGCUCUUACACUGGGUACACAAAGCCGCCAGAGUGGAUGUUUUCACAGGAUACUAGGGAGCAACGUUCUCCUUCACAAUUCCAUUGA